AUGGAAGGAAGAAUUCAUUCUGAUCUAUUCGCUCAAGACCGUUAUAUCCUUGGUGCCGUGCCAAUCAAAAUAAAGCUUGUGAGAUCAAGAAAUCCUUUUUGCAUCGUUUCAUCUGCUGAAAACCCAACUUUCAAAGUGGUUAUUGAAGAAUGUAUGUUUCGUGUACGGCGAGUGAACGUAUCACCUAGUGUCAUGAUGAGUCAUAGUCAGAGUCUACAACACAUUACAGCCAAAUACCCAAUCAACCGUAUCGACUGUAAAGUUGUUUCAGUGCCAAGAGGAAAUAUGUCUGGAAACCAAUCUAAUAUAUUUCAAGGUGCUUUACCAAAUCGUAUUGUGAUUGGAAUGGUCGACGCAGACGCCUUUAACGGUACCUAUACGAAGAAUCCAUUCAAUUUUAAAAAUUACGAUAUUACUAUCAUGGGUCUCACUGUCAACGGAGAGAACUGA